AGCCAGCUGAGGGGAAAAUGGCUCGGACCAUUGUGGCUGCGGCUGCUCGGGUUGUGGUGGAGGCGGAGGCUCAAGCAGCGUGAGGUCUUGCUAUUUUGGAAGCUACAAGAAAAAAUAGAUUGGGGAAGGUUUAGUCUUCUUAGUGGACAUGGCUCAGAUAUCCAGCAACAAUGGAUUUAAACAAUGUUCAUCUUCACAUCUGGAACCAACAAGAACAAAAGAUGUGGACAAAGAAGAAGCAUUACAGAUGGAAGCAGAGGCUUUAGCAAAACUGCAAAAGGAUAGACAAGUGACUGACAACCAGAGAGGCUUUGAGUUGUCAAACAGCACCAGACAAAAAGCACAAGUUUAUAACAAACAGGAUUAUGAUCUUAUGGUGUUUCCUGAAUCAGAUUCCCAAAAAAGAGCAGUAGAUAUUGAUGUAGAGAAGCUCACCCAAGCUGAACUUGAGAAACUGUUGCUGGAUGACAGUUUUGAGACUAGAAAAACACCUGUAUUGCCUGUUCUGAGCCCUUCGUUUUCAGCACAGCUCUAUCUUAGACCUGCUAUUCAGAGAGGACAGUGGCCACCUGGAUUAUCUGGGCCUUCCACUUAUACUUUACCUUCUAUUUAUCCUUCAACUUACAGUAAACAGUCUGCAUUCCAGAAUGGCUUCAAUCCGAGAAUGUCUCCUUUUUCAUCUACAGAACCUAUAUAUUUAGGUCUUCCGGGACAGUCUUCAUAUUUUUCAUAUCCUUUGGCACCUGCUACACCCUUUCAUCCGCAAGGAAGCUUACCUAUCUAUCGUCCUGUAGUCAGUCCAGUAGUCAGUCCUGACAUGGCAAAACUAUUUGACAAAAUAGCUAGUACAUCAGAAUUUUUAAAAAAUGGGAAAGCAAGGACUGAUUUAGAGAUAACAAAUUCAAAAGCUGCAGUCAGCAAUCUACAGGUAUCUCCAAAGGCUGAGGAUAUCAGUAAAUUUGACUGGUUAGACUUGGAUCCUCUAAGUAAGCCUAAAGUGGACAAUGUGGAGAUAUUAGACCAUGAAGAAGAGAAAAAUGUUCAAAGUUUGCUAGCAGAGGAUCCUUGGGAUGCUGUUCUUCUUGAAGAGAGAUCACCAGCAAGUUAUCACCUCGAAAGAAAGGUGAAUGGAAAAUGCCUUUCUGGGGCAACUGUAACAAGAAGCCAGUCUUUAAAUAUACGAGCAACUCAGCUUACAAAAGUCCAGGGCCAAAUAUCUCAGAAAGACCCAAAUGGGACCAGUAGUUUGCCAGCUGGAAGUUCUCGUCUACAAGAAAUUGAAGUACAGAAUGAGGAAGUGGCAGCUUUUUGUCAAUCCAUUACAAAAUUGAAGACCAAAUUUCCAUAUACCAGUCACUGCACAAAUCCAGGCUAUUUGUUAAGUCCAGUCACAGUGCAAAGAAACAUAUGUGGAGAAAAUGCUAGUGUGAAGGUCUCCAUUGAAAUUGAAGGAUUUCAACUACCAGUUACUUUUACAUGUGAUGUGAGUUCUACUGUUGAAAUCAUUAUAAUGCAAGCCCUUUGCUGGGUACAUGAUGACUUGAAUCAAGUAGAUGUUGGCAGCUAUGUUCUGAAAGUUUGUGGUCAAGAGGAAGUGCUGCAAAAUAAUCAUUGCCUUGGAAGUCAUGAACAUAUUCAGAACUGUCGAAAAUGGGACACAGAGAUUAAACUGCAACUCUUAACCCUCAGUGCAAUGUGCCAAAAUUUGGCCCGAACAAACCAGCACCGAGCGGUAGAUCAAGUAAUUAAAGCUGUAAGAAAAAUCUGUAGUGCUUUAGAUGGUGUAGAGACUCUUGCCAUUACAGAAUCAGUAAAGAAGCUAAAGAGAGCAGUUAAUCUUCCAAGGAGUAAAAGCGCUGAUGAGACUUCACUGUCUGGAGGAGGAGACACUAGCAAGAAUUCAAUUGGGGGCUCACUGAAUGCUGAAAAUCCUGUUCACGUCAGCAUGGACCAAUUAACUGCGGCAAUUUAUGAUCUUCUCAGACUCCAUGCAAAUUCUGGUAGGAGUCCUGCAGACUGUGCCCAAAGUAGCAGGAACAUCAAGGAAGCCUGGACUACAGCAGAACAGCUCCAGUUUACUAUUUUUGCUGCACAUGGAAUUUCGAGUAACUGGGUAUCAAAUUAUGAAAAAUACUACUUGAUAUGUUCCCUUUCUCACAAUGGAAAGGAUCUUUUUAAACCUAUUCAAUCAAAGAAGGUUGGCACUUAUAAGAAUUUCUUCUAUCUUAUUAAAUGGGAUGAACUAAUCAUUUUUCCCAUCCAGAUAUCACAGCUGCCAUUAGAAUCACUUCUUCAUCUUACUCUUUUUGGAAUUUUAAAUCAGAGCAGUGGAAGUUCCCCUGAUUCUAAUAAGCAGAGAAAGGGGCCAGAAGCUUUGGGCAAAGUUUCUUUACCUCUUUUUGACUUUAAACGGUUUUUAACAUGUGGAACUAAACUUCUCUAUCUUUGGACUUCAUCACAUACAAAUUCUAUUCCUGGAACAGUCCCCACAAAAGGAUAUGUCAUGGAAAGAAUAGUGCUACAGGUUGAUUUUCCUUCUCCUACGUUUGAUAUUAUUUAUACAACUCCUCAAGUUGACAGAAGUAUUAUACAGCAACACAACUUAGAAACACUGGAGAAUGAUAUAAAAGGGAAACUUCUCGAUAUUCUUCACAGAGACUCAUCACUUGGACUUUCUAAAGAAGAUAAAGCCCUUUUGUGGGAUAAACGCUAUUAUUGCCUGAAACAUCCAAAUUGUCUUCCUAAAAUACUAGCAAGUGUCCCAAGUUGGAAAUGGGUUAAUCUUGCUAAAACUUACUCAUUGCUUCACCAGUGGCCUCCACUGUACCCUCUGACUGCAUUGGAGCUUCUCGAUUCAAAAUUUGCUGAUCAGGAAGUGAGAUCCCUAGCUGUGACCUGGAUCGAGGCCAUUAGUGAUGAUGAGCUUACAGAUCUUCUUCCACAGUUUGUGCAAGAAAGAAUGAUGAUGAUCCAGGAGAAAGAGCAGAAUUUUAAAGAGCUGAUUGAGUCUGAAUAUAGGAUAAGAUUCUGGUUGGUGAAUGAAGAGAAUGAGCUGAACAUCCAGAGACUGGAAGGUUGCCUAUUUGACUUGAACUUGAGAGAAGCCAGUCUGAAUCAACUGGACAGGUUUGCCACAGAGCUGAAGCUCCUCAAGGACGCCCUACAUGAUGCACAGUUUGGUACACGAUAUGAACAUGUUUUGGGUGCUCUCCUUUCAGUAGGAGGAAAAGGACUCAGAGAAGAACUUUUAAAGCAGGCGAAACUUGUACAACUUUUAGGAGGAGUAGCAGAAAAAGUAAGGCAGGCUAGUGGAUCAGCCAGACAG